AUGGUAUGCACAAUGGUGUACUCAUUUGUGCUAAUAACCAUAUAUUUGGUUAAUGUGAAGUGUCGCACUGAAUGUUUUCAAGUUGUUGGCGCGCUUGUUUGUCCUGAUGAACCAGAGCGAGCGGGUCGUGUAAAAAUUGAUCUUCGAGAUGAGGAUUCUCUUCCAUUUGAAAUCGAUGAUCAAAUGGGUCGAACAUGGUCAACAAAGAAUGGAUCAUUUGUACUUUCUGGUUGUGGUGCUGAUGUUGGACCAUUCAAUGCACCAGACCCUUAUAUUGUGAUUGAGCAUCGAUGUACCAGUAAACUUCCACAUUUGCGAAACUUUACGUUCCGAAAAACACAAUUUGCUCUAUUGAAAAUUUUUCUACCACGAAUUUUGAAAAUAGGAAAGGUUUUCUUAGACGAUUCAGAUGCUUAA